AUGGCAAAAAGACCUGAUUAUGGAAAACAAGGUCGCGUUGUUCGUCUGAAGAGCAACUACUUCAAGAUCUCUAAGUUUCCCAGUGUCUCCAUAUACCAUUACAAUUUUGAUUCUACCCCAAAGGCAAGCAAGGCAAUGAUCGAACGUAUUUACGUUCAUGUAUCAGGGGAAAACCGUUUCAGUGAUUAUCACGCGGUUUUUGACGGCAACAGUGCCAUCUACUCGGCAACACCUCUCCCUCUUGAGAAUGAGCGUAGAGGAACUCGGUUCACGGUGAAUCUCACGGGAAGAAAUGGUGAGACUUCAAAGGACGGCUCGUAUAACGUCACGAUUCGGUUCAUCCAGCUGUUGAACCUUGAUGAACUAAAAAGGCAUAUAUCCGGCGGAAGUGUCUCUCCUAAUGAAGUCACGAAGUGCAUAACAGCCUUGAAUACGUACAUCAACUACUCGGUUCGUCAAAGAUACCUGACCGUUGGUCGAGCCAUCUAUCCUGAUGAUCCACGCGGAAGGCCCAUUAUUUUAUCCAGGGGGUUCGAGUUGAAAAAAGGCUUUUAUCAAUCGUUGAGACCGGGAACAAAUUGCUUGGCCAUCAAUGUGGAUGUUUGUGUUGGCGUUUUCUAUGCUGAAGACAAUGUUUUGAAUGUCGCAUGUGGAAUACUUGGAAAGCGCAGUAAAGAUGAAUUUCGUCGGGGAAUGACCGAAAUAGAAAGAAUAAUAUUGCUCAGGCAUCUGAGGGGACUAAAGAUUCGGGUCACACACCAGAAACAACGAAAACCUGUUUAUACCAUUAAGAACCUUUCCACGGAUUCGGCCAGUGGGAUAUUUUUUCAUCAUGAAAAAGAAGAUAGAGAGGUCUCUGUUGCUGAAUACUUUCAUCUCACCUACGGAAGAAAGUUGGAAUUCGAGGGAUUGCCAUGCAUCAAAGUCAACAAAGACGUCUUUUUACCCUUCGAAGUAUGUGAAGUGCUUAAAGGUCAACGAUCAGAUGGUUCCCUUCCCGACACGACGUUAGCCGAUGUGAUAAAACACGCAUGCAUCAAACCGAGGGAGAGGUUUGAUCGUAUUCUCCAUUCUGUUCGAGAGAUCUUUCGAUAUAACGGGGAUCCUUUUCUGAAAUCCAUCGGCAUGGGUGUGGAACCUUGUAGCAUGUUGGUCGAAGGACACGUUCUCCAACCACCGGUUUUGGAAUACCACCCUAAAAGUGUGAACCCGGUAUUCACUCCCGAAGCUGGUCGUUGGAAUAUCACGAAUAAAGUUGUAGCUCUGGGAAAGAAACUUCAAAAUUGGUCGGUGUUAGUCUACGCCAAUGAGAAAAAUCAUCCCAAACCAAUUGUCCGAUGUUUUAUGCAAAAAUUUCGAGAGGUCGCCAAUCAGAAAGGCAUAUGUGUGGUCAAUGAACCCAAAAUAUAUUAUUCCAAUCCGAACGGCGAAGUUCACAAGUCAUUUUACCAAGCAUGCUGCCUCUCGAGAUUCAACAAAGACCUACCACCCCAGUUGAUAUUUUGCAUAGUGGAGCGUGUUAGCCCCCUGUACGGAGAGAUAAAGCGUAUCGGGGAUACCGAAUUAGGCGUUCCUACGCAAGUGAUGUUGGCCAAACAAUUGUCUAGAAACAGCAUCGAUCAGCUAUGCGCAAAUGUUGCCCUGAAAGUGAACGUCAAAUUGGGGGGACAAAAUUACUUCCUAUCCAAAGGCCAACUUGGCUUUGUAUCCGAAGUUCCGACGAUGAUAUUUGGUGCGGACGUGUACCAUUCGGGUCGAGGCGAAAAUAAACCCAGUAUUGCGGCAGUUUGCAGUUCUAUGGACAUAGACGCUACCGAAUACUGCAGUAGAUAUAGUAAAAACAAGGAGUCACGAAAUGAGACGAUUGAAAACCUCCAGGAGAUGGUUGACGACUUGUUGCACGCUUUCUGGGAAAGGAAUGACACCCUUCCUCAGCGGAUCCUCUUCUAUAGAGACGGUGUGGCCGAAGGACAAUUCGAGCAUGUCCUGCAUGAUGAAGUGAAGGUGUUAAAGGCGUGCUUCGAGAAUUGCUAUAAGAAGGGGUUCGAACCGAAGCUUACAUUUUGUACACCGGUCUCUCAUCAUUUUGCACGAUUGACGUAUAGGUUUAUGCCGAGCGAACCUCGGGAUGGAGAUAAAAAUGGAAAUUGUCCUCCGGGAACCAUCGUUGACAAUUCCAUCCUCGUCCCUCAAGAGUUUGGCUUCUACCUUCAGCCUCAUAACGUGUUGCAAGGUACCGGACGCCCGAUCCGCUAUAAUGUUCUUUAUGAUGAAAACAACUUCACUGCCGACGGAAUACAGGCAUUAACUCACAAGCUCUGUUAUCUCUCCUCAAGGUUUGCCUGGUGA